UUACUAAGAUGAAAGCCCUCCCCUCAUUGCCUGAUUUUGCUUCUCCACUCAAUAAGGACAGGAUUUGUGUUCAGUGGCUGCAUUUCCAUCUCCAGGACGAUAGGUGUCGCUCUUUCCAUGUUUCAUGUCCGUUGCCUGAGAGUAACAAAUAUCAGUUGGAAUGUUUCUGGACAUUUCUUGGAUUAUUCCGAUAAUCAAGAACCAUAAUGAGCCUUGAGAGGGUUUAAGAGUUUCACGUUGUGAUACUUAAGGAGGGGAAAGGGUGAAGCCAUGAGCGAGUGACAGACAAAAUGUUAAGAUCGAAAAAUGCAUACAGUAGGCAUUCAAAAAAUAAAAUAAAAUAAAAAUAAUAAUUAAAAAAAACAUCUAAGAGCAACUUCUUUGAUCUUGUUCUCUCCUUUCUCAAAUUUAUAUUAAGGUAUAUUAUCCAUAUACAGAUUGAAAAUUAAUUUAUUGAACUUAUUUAGUUAAAAAAAUGAAAGUUAUAGUGGUGUAAUUAAUACAUUUUCCCUCUAACUUUGAUAAGUAUGGCUUACAGAUACAGAAAACCUAAAAUUCGGUUUCUCAGAAAAUUACAGUAAUCCGUAAAAGCAAUACAUUUAAAAAAUUUUUUUUUUUUGCUUUAGAAAUCAACCUAAAAUAUGUCCCUGUUUUACACUGCAUCCAAUCACCAUCAUCUGCACUGACGUUGGAUAUGAUGGAAACUUCACUCUAGGCCUCCUGUGACUUUCUGUUCCCCACUCCCUCCAGACUGUGGGAUGUUCAUAAAUGCAACAUUUAUUUUCAGCUAAAAAGAGGACUUCGCAGCACCGAGCAGUAAUGCCAUCUUUCCCUCCUCAGUCAGAUAAGAUGACCCCUGACGUUGAAGUUGAGUCAAGCUGCAGUGCAUGCGAUUUGAUUUGUCCAUAAACUCUCGAAUGCAAUAUUUGCUUCAGAAUUUUUUUCUGGUUGUCAUGUGGAAGGAGUUUCUCCUUGCACUUAACCUUCUGUUAACAUGUGGAAACAGCUCCCUGUGUGUGAACAGCCAGUUUAUAUGAGAAAAUGACUUUUCUGAAGAUAAGACUUUGACUUAUCAGCUAGUACACGCUUGAAAUCCACCACUUUGAAUUUUUAUAACUGAAUUACCGAAAUAAAUGAACUUUUUUUUGGUGAUGUUCUAUUUAAAAUUUAAGGGGUGGGAAAUGCCCCUCCAUGUCUCUCUGAGGUAACGCCCCUGAAACCUGAGGAUAUCAUUUGCGUUCAUCCUCUCCUCUCCAUCCUUGUCUGUCCGUAUUUGUAUUUGCGUGUGAGAGGCGAGCAAGAAAACGGGAGUAGGAGCUGCAGAGACGCCCCUCACAGCAGCAUCUCAACAGUUAAAUGUUAAUUUAUCAGUCACCCCUGUGAGUACGCGCACACACGCACAUGGUAAGCCCAGUCUUCAUAAGCAGGCUGCCACCGCUGGCACCUCGUUGUUCCUUCCCACUGAUCCUCCUGCUGCAGCGCAGAGCGGCUCGGAGAACAUGGCACUGGCCGACACGGAGCGCGCCGCGUCCUGCUGCGGGGACUCGGGCUCCCCGUUUUCAGAGAUCAUCGAGCUGAACGUCGGCGGGCAGGUGUACGUGACCAGGCACAAAACUCUGAUCGCCGUGCCGGACUCGCUCCUGUGGAACAUGUUCAGCAAGAAGUCCCCCAAGGAGCUGGCGAGAGACAGCAAGGGACGCUUCUUCUUGGACAGGGACGGCUUCUUGUUCCGAUACAUCCUCGACUACCUGAGAGACCUGAACUUGGUCCUUCCGGACUACUUCCCGGAGAAGAGCCGCCUGCAGAGGGAGGCUGACUUUUUCUUGCUGCGGGACCUGGCUAAGCGCCUCCGCCCGCGGGUGAGUAAGGACAACUCGAUCAGCGAGGAGAUCAGCCAGAGCGACACGGAGGACGGCGCGCAGUGCUGCUCCUCCUCCGGGGAGCCGUUGCGCGCCCUGUCCGCCAGUGGGGCCAUGCGCUCACCGUCUCUGGACUCCAGAAAGUCCGGGUACAUCACCAUAGGAUACCGCGGCUCCUACACGAUCGGUAGGGACAUCCAGACCGACGCCAAGUUCCGGAGGGUGGCGCGCAUCACCGUGUGCGGCAAGACCUCUCUGGCCAAAGAGGUAUUCGGAGAGACGCUGAACGAGAGCAGGGACCCGGACAGGCCCCCGGAGAGGUACACCUCCCGCUACUACCUGAAGUAUAAUUUUCUGGAGCAGGCGUUUGACAAGCUGACAGAGGCGGGCUUUCACAUGGUGGCCUGCAGCUCUACGGGUACCUGCGCCUACACCAGCAACGAUCCAAACGAGGACAAGAUCUGGACAAGCUACACCGAAUAUGUCUUCUGUCGGGAAUAAGCUCAUUCGUGCCAUUUCGAUGUAAAAAUGUACAUAGCAAAACAAAAUCUGGAAAGGACUGUCUUUUCAAAAGUUCUUGUUCUGAAUUGUAGGGAGCGAGUGGCAGAGAGAAAACUGGUAACUCGACUCGGAAACAGAUUCUAGAGACGGUUCUAACUGAAUUUAACCGAGAAAAUCAAUUUGAAUUUGUUAAUUGAGCAUCACAUGAGUAGUUGCGCCUCCAAAGUAAGGGAGGGGGGCGAGUGGUUAUCCUUAAAAAUGUUCAUUUUCCAGUGUCCAAACAACAUGUGGGUAUUUAGUUUCUCACCUAAAGUCUGUGACAUGAUUUCAGACCUUAACUUAGAAAUGACAAAGGCACUUCUGAUUCUUCAAAACGAAAAGCACAAGUUGUUACAUUUAAACAGAAAUGAACAAAUCUCUCUUUUUUUUUAUUUGUUCCGUAAAUCGGAGACCAUGGUUUAGACCUGCCAGCAAAGCUUUUAAGAGGGUUUCCUAAUAAUUUUUUUUAAAUCAUCCCACUCAAAGUAAGAAGAAAAUCCUCCAAACUCAACAUAACAGACCAUAAAGAGCUAGAGCAUUUCAAAGCAAGGGUAUUAAGCAACAGGUAUUAACUUAUUUAGUGCAGAAAUUCAACGUUAAUUCAUGUUAAUCUUUCUCUGCUAUUUUUCAUAGAACAUAACUGCAUAUUUAUAUUAUUAGCCAGGUAAAUAUGUUACCAUUUUCAUUUUUUUAAUAUAAAUAAUACAGCAGUAUUUAAUAUUUUUUCUUACAUGUUGAAUUGAAUCUUCUCAAAAAUGUAAAGAUUACAAAUGUUUGUGUGUUCAAUUAGAUGAGAUGCAGCUGAUGUGAAAAUGUUGAAUGAGUCAAUGGAUAAUUAAGAUUCGUCUUGGACUUGACGCAAGUAACUUGAGACCUUGAUUUGACAACUUGACUUGGACUUAAAUGUUAAUGAGAUUAGACUUAUGGCAAAAGAUUUGAGACAUGGAUUUUUUUUGUGGUAUUAGUGGCCUUUGUUGACAGAAGAUGGGAAAGAGGCCAGAGAGAAACGGGUAGCCAUGCACCCAAUGACCAGGUAUUGAACUCAGGACAGCUGUGACGUGGAUUGUUGCGUGGGGAACUUCCUCUAAUCAUUAACCCUUGAGGCUUGACUUGGACUUGUCCCUCAAGAUCAGACAGUACUUUGAAAUUGCUCCUGAAAAACAACGACUCUUAACUUAGACUUAGUCCUUAGUAGCUUAAGACGUUAUUUGGACUUGCCUCUCGUGAACUCAAGACUUAAUUUGGACUUGGCCCCAUAGGAUUUUGUCUUAGCGCUCAGUAACCUGAGACCUGACUCAGACCUGCUCCUUAAAGACUUGAUACUUGGCAAGGAGUUGGAAGAAAUGACAUGCAACCAUCCCUGCCAUCUUUUGAAAACUUUCUGGAGGCGCCCCGGUGUUUGUGCUGCGUGGCAUGGCACAAGCAACCGCCAUCGUCUACAUCGCCAUAUAGUCCCAGCUGAUUUAACUGAUUGAUAUCAAGGAGCUGACAAGCGAAGAUUAAUAUUCAGUGUCAAUGUACAUUCAGGGCUGACUUGUUUGCCCAGGUUUUGUAGUGUCUUCUAGCAGUUUCUACCACUGCAGUGACCGUAAAUGUAUACGUGGAAUGUUGGCUAUAUUUGUUACAGUGUUCAGACCUAAAUAAAGCCUUCUUCUCUUGUACUCCAA